AAACCUGAUCCUUAUUUUCGAGACUACAGGAUCCAAAUCAUUCUCAUCUCAAACAUGAGUCAGUCAAACGUCUUCAUUUUGCUGGUCUGCAUUCCUCUCAUUUUAUCACAGUCAGUGAAAGGCCAGGACUGUGUGUGUGACCUUCAAUAUUCAGAUUCUGAUUUCCCUGAGAAUAAACUCGACAACGUUGAGCUCACUGCUUCACAAUGCACUGGAAACAUCACUUCAGAAAAGAUGACAGAGAUCGACAGGCUUGUGUUGGGUCUACAACACCGCAUCUGGCAGCUUGUGGACAAUGUGUCCAUGCUGGAAAAAGAAGACAACGGAAAUCUGUAUGCAGCUGUAUCUCUGCGCAUUAUUGAAUUAGAGUUAGCAGAGAUUCAAGACCUUCUGGACAAACUCAACAAAACAACCAACAACUACCAGCAGCUCAGUGUAGAGACUGCAGCAGAGCUUCAGGAUAUGGAGGAAACUAUGGAGGAACUGGAAAGGUUUGACCACUCACAGGUAAUGGUGAAACAGCGUGAGAACCAGCGUAUUAGGAGAGAUCUAGAACGGUGCAAAAAUGUGCUCAACAGUACAUCACCACCCCCUACAAUUUCCCCAGGUCACUGUGGUCUGGGUCACUUGGUGAAUGUAUCUGGACCUAAAACGUACUCGCUCACAGUGUAUGGAACGUCCUAUACUUUUGGUGCUUGGGGUCGAGAUGCAAAUCCUGCUCCAGGAGACGAGAACAAAUACUGGCUGGUGGUGCUGUCAAGUAGUAAUGUAUUUGGGAACUUCAUUCGCCAGUAUAGUAGUCUCAGUACUUUUAUAUUAGGUAUAGUACCAACAGAUACAUAUAUAUCAAGCUCAAAUCCUACAACAAACACAAUUCAGGGUCCAAACAUGGUCAUGUAUGCCAACGCGCUCUACUAUAACUGCUACAAUAUAUACUCUGUCUGUCAGUUCAACCUGACCACUAAAACUGUCAGUACUGUGGCUUUACCCAAUGAUGCAGGUUAUAACAACAAGUUUCCAUUCGCACAUCUCGGCACAACAUACGGCUACACAGACAUGGAUUUUGUCACAGAUGAAUCAGGCGUCUAUGUUAUAUACGCAACCACAAGCAACUUUGGAAAUGUGGUGAUCAGUAAAGUUGAGACUAGUAACCCGCCUGUUUUGGGCCAAACUUGGUCCACUUCUCUUCACAAAAAGACCAUCACGAACACUUUCAUGGUCUGUGGUGUGCUUUAUGCGACUCGAUACCUGGAUCAAGUAACAGAAGAGAUCUUUUACUCUUACGACACCAAAACCAACAAAGAGCGCUAUGAUUUGAGAAUUAACAUUAAGAAGAUGCAGGCUAAUAUUAAGUUUAUGAAUUAUGACCCCAGGGAUCAUUUGCUGUAUGUUUUUAAUGAUGCCUACAUUGCGACUUAUGAAACCAAGUUUGAGAGAGUUUAAGAUGAACAAUAUCCUGCCUUUUAUUCUCCACUAAAUGUAAUGAUUUGACACAUUUGGUAUGUAUGUUUAAUAUGUUUUGUAAGUGGAAAAUCUUUUUGAUAUGUAUCACACAACUUGGUGCUUUGAAUAAAGAGAAAGUGAAAAUA